AUGAGAGAGAUCAUUCAUUUGCAAGCAGGUCAAUGUGGUAAUCAGAUUGGCCAAAAGUUUUGGGAGACCAUCUCUCAAGAGCAUGGCAUUGAUACCAAUGGUAACUACUGUGGAGACAACGAUCUUCAAUUAGAGCGUGUCAAUGUAUUCUACAAUGAAGGAUCAGAAGGCAAAUAUGUCCCAAGAGCUGUCUUGGUUGAUCUUGAGCCUGCUACCAUGGACAGCAUUCGCAGUAGUCCCUAUGGUAAGAUUUACAGACCUGAUAACUUUGUGAAUGCUCAAUCAGGUGCUGGUAAUUCUUGGGCCAAGGGUUAUUACACAGAGGGUGCAGAACUCGUUGAGAAUAUUAUGGAUGUUGUUCGUAAGGAAGCAGAGGGCACCGAUUGUUUGCAAGGCUUCCAAUUAGCUCAUUCCCUUGGUGGUGGUACUGGUUCUGGUCUCGGUUCUCUCCUGCUCUCCAAGAUCCGUGAGGAGUAUCCUGAUCGUAUCUUGAGUACCUACUCUGUUUUGCCUUCUCCCAAGGUCUCUGACACUGUUGUUGAACCUUACAAUGCUGUAUUGUCCGUCCAUCAACUCGUCGAGAACUGCGAUGCUACUUUCUGUAUUGACAAUGAGGCUCUUUACGACAUUUGCUUUAGAACACUCAAAUUGACCAACCCUGGUUAUGGCGAUCUGAAUCAGCUGGUGUCUGCUGUCAUGUCUGGUGUCACUACCAGUUUGCGUUUCCCUGGUCAAUUGAACAGUGAUAUGCGUAAACUCUGUGUCAACAUGGUCCCAUUCCCUCGUCUUCACUUUUUUAUGGUGGGUAUCGCUCCUUUGACCGCCUUCGCCUCUCAACAAUACCGCAACUUGACAGUGCCUGAACUGACCGCUCAAAUGUUUGAUGCUCGCAAUAUGAUGGCAGCUUCAGAUCCUCGUCAUGGUCGCUACUUGACUGCCGCUACCAUCUUCCGUGGUCGUUUGUCUACCAAGGAAGUCGAGACCCAAAUGCUAAAUAUUCAAACAAAGCACUCUGCUUACUUUGUGGAAUGGAUUCCCAACAGUGUCAAGACAUCUCUUUGUGAUAUUCCUCCUGUGGGUCUCAAGAUGUCGGGUACUUUUAUUGGUAACAGCACUGCUAUUCAAGACUUGUUUAAGCGUGUCAAUGAGCAAUUCACGGUCAUGUUUAGAAGAAAGGCUUUCUUGCAUUGGUACACUGGUGAGGGUAUGGAUGAGAUGGAAUUCACCGAAGCUGAAUCCAAUAUGAACGACUUGGUAUCUGAAUAUCAACAAUAUCAAGAGGCCACUAUUGAUGAUGAGGAAUACGAUGAUGAAGAAUAUGAAGAUGAGGAGAUGGCGGACGAGCCUAUGAUGGUAUAG